AGGUCCGAUUUGUGGAGGUGGUGAAUAUUUGAACCCGCCAGAAAAACCGUCACAGUUUAACUAACAGGGGUUAAGGUUUUUUGUGGUAUUUCGGCGUGUAAUCGUGAUUACGUUGCGCUUACGUGUUCGGACAUUUGCAGGCGCUUUCUCAGCUGCUCACACUCUUCUGCCAUAUUGGCACAGAGUGACACAUCAGUGGCAGCUGGAGUCAGCAGCUGAGAUGAUCCACAGUCUGUUCCUGAUUAAUCACACGGGAGACAUCUUCCUGGAGAAACACUGGAAGAGUGUCAUCAGCCGAAGCGUGUGUGAUUACUUCUUGGAAGUGAAGGAGAAGGCGGUGGAGCCCGAGAAUGUUCCCCCCGUGCUGCAGACCCCUCACCACUACCUCAUCUCCAUCUACAGAGACAAGCUCUUUUUUCUCUCGGUCAUCCAGACUGAGGUCCCUCCCCUCUUUGUCAUUGAGUUCCUGCACAGAGUGGCAGACACUUUUCAGGACUACUUUGGAGAAUGCUCCGAAUCUAUAAUCAAGGACAAUGUGGUGACGGUGUACGAGCUGCUGGAGGAGAUGCUGGACAACGGCUUUCCACUAGCAACAGAGUCCAACGUCCUCAAAGAGAUGAUCAAGCCUCCCACCAUCCUGCGAUCGGUCGUCAAUACGCUCACGGGAUCAAGUAAUGUUGGAGAUAAGCUGCCAACAGGUCAACUGUCCAAUAUUCCGUGGAGACGGGCUGGGGUUAAAUACACCAAUAAUGAGGCAUAUUUUGACGUGAUAGAGGAAAUUGAUGCCAUUCUGGACAAAUCGGGAAUGACGGUAUUUGCAGAGAUCCAGGGUGUAAUUGAAGCCUGCACGAGGCUCAGUGGGAUGCCUGACCUGACUCUGUCCUUCAUGAAUCCUCGUCUUCUUGACGAUGUGAGUUUCCACCCGUGUGUGCGGUUUAAACGCUGGGAGGCGGAGCGUGUCCUCUCUUUCAUCCCACCAGAUGGAAACUUCACACUCAUGACUUAUCAUGUCAGCGCUCAAAAUCUUGUAGCUAUCCCAGUGUACGUGAAGCAGAACAUCAGCUUCUUUGAGACGGGAUCUUGUGGUCGGCUGGACAUCACGAUUGGACCGAAGCAGACCAUGGGGAAGAUGGUGGAGGGCUUGAUGGUCACUGUGCACAUGCCCAAAGCUGUGCUCAGUGUCAACCUCACAGCCUCACAGGGAAACUACACCUAUGACCUCGCCACUAAGGUGUUAGUUUGGGACAUUGGGAAAUUGAACCCCCAAAAGCUUCCCAACCUGCGCGGGACACUGAGUGUGCAGUCAGGAGCCCCCACACCCGAAGAGAACCCUGCUCUCGACAUUAAGAUGAAGAUACAGCAGCUGGCCAUCUCAGGUCUCAAGGUAAAUCGUCUCGACAUGUAUGGAGAGAAGUACAAGCCAUUUAAAGGGGUCAAAUAUAUGACUAAAGCGGGUAAAUUCCAAGUGCGAACCUGAGUGAGGAGUGUCCGGUGAGGCUAAAGGUCAGUGUGCCAAAUGUGAGGCAAGGUCACCACAUCUCAAAGUCAACGCUCGAAUAAAUUUUACACAUCCUGCAGCUCAUUCUCAAUAACAUAUUGUUAUUGCAUUCCAACAGAUAUUUUUAUGUGUUUGACAUUACAUACUGGUGAUAUAAAAGGGUGUAUUUGUGGCCCGUGAAGGGAUGCCUUAAAAAUCAAUUUGACUUUUUUGAAGUGCUCGUUUUUAAUCCAUGUUAUCAUGCUUUCUUUUUUUUCUUUGUCUAACUUUUCGAGUGUUGCUGGAGGGGAUUGUUUGGGUUUGAAAGGGACACUCACAGCUCACUUCACCAUUUCACUACAACACACCUGUGCAAUCAUGCAUGUACGGUUCUUAUAUUACUGUGCAAAAGAUUUCGCCACCACCAUUAGAUUUGUUUUGGAAAAUAUGGGAUAUUAAUAACAGUAGUUAGUGUGAGACUUGAACAAUAACACAACUCUGGCUUUCCUAAAAACAGAAAAGCUGGUGGUGAUCUCAGAUGUUUGCACAAUACUUUAUGCAUGUGCUUAUAUCUAUCCUCUAAGUAGCCACAGUGUGUCUUUAGACGGUGCGUCUGUAGUACAGGUAUUUUUUCUUAAGCGUGGCCUUGGAAGAGGAGGUUAAAGUGCUUUGUUCAGCACACAAGCACACAGCACAGUCUGCACGUGUCCAAGAACACAGGGAUGCAUAUCCUAAAUCUUUAUAUCUAAGGUACAUAUUUGACUUUGGGAGUGCAACUGCCACAUAAGCCUAGCAACAAGACUACAAAGAUCCUCACACAACCUUGAAAGCAUUUGCACAAUCAAUUGUCCAUGUGGAAAAAUACUACUUAAAGCUCUUGUAUGAAGUAUGAAUUUGUAUAAGUUGUCUUAUAAAAGCUUUACAUUCA